UUCACUGCGUGCAAAAUCUAUGAAAGAUUCACGCUUUAAACAACAGUCACGCUGAGAGUUGUCUCCCUGAAAACUCUUUGCACAUGUAUUUCGAUGUGAAACAUAACAGUUUGCUCGCUCAUACGGGAGGAAAAUUGUUAAGAACAGAUCAAAUCGGGCUGCCGAGGUCGCCCCGGCUUCGUCGGGAAUAUGUUUUGGAUGGCAAAAAUUUUGCUGGCUCAACGAAAAAAGUAUGUUAUGGGAGACUUCGUAAAGAAAGAGUCUCGCUGCUUAGAGAAAUGAAGGUGUUGCAAGAAAAGGUGGAAGUAAAUCUUAAAAGACAAAGGCAAGAAAAAAGUAACUUGGAACAAAUUGUUCAUCAUUUGAAUUCUCAAAAGGAAGGUGCGACACCUCCAGGAAGUGUUAUUGCUGGGAAUGCGAGUGGUCUCGUGUCUCUACGCGGGAUGCAGGCGCAAAGUGAUUGUCGGCUCAUCAAGAGCAUUCGUCGGCCUCUGGCACCGGAAGCUACAAGAGAUCACGGAAACAGGCUAAUCAGUUUCCAGUCUAAUUUAACAUUCAAGGAGGGCUCCUUUAUUCCACGGGUUGUAGAACGCGAAAUUCUAAGAAGACGAAACAAGCGCUUGAAUGCUAAAAGACAAGAGCAAUUGGAGGGUGUGAAACAACGAGAAAUGCAACUGGCAGACACCGUGGGCGUGUAUACAAGGAUAAACAUGACCAAGGGUAGUUUGAACUACAAAGGAAAGCCGAAAUACAGAUUUAGUGUCUCUCAAUGCCUCUCUCCUCCUUUCUUUUUUCGCCCAUUCACUUGCAGGGAAUUUGAAAUGAGGACAGGCGACUCUCAUGCAACCUUACCACGUUCGGUGAAAUGUCACUAUGAUAUACCAUCAAUAGAACUCAACCAGACAGCCAGCUUGUGGUCUAAGGAAUUUAUUGAAAAGAAAAAGGUCGACAACACGUAUAAAAGACUUCUACCAAAUAUGGAAAAGAUGGAGCUUAUCCUUCCAGUACAAGAUAAUUCAACCGAUAAAAUCUUCAGUGUGGUUUCGAAACAAACAAGAAAUGAAUGUACACAAACCAAAGAAGUAAUUCGAGGGAAAAGCAAGGCUGCCAGCGUUCAAAAAGAUGAUCGUAAAGGCACCAAACAAAAAAGCUUUGCUAAGGACCGUGAAAAAUGCAAGAAACCCGAAGACAAUAAGGUUUUUGCGCCUAAAGAUCUUAGUGAAUAUCGAAAAGACGUUUUCGAUGGAGAGAUUCCUGUCGAUUUUGUCGCGGUAGAAGAAACCUCCUCAGUCGUGCAAAAUACAAAGACAAAAAAUGAUCUUCAGAGAAAGGCAGAUCUAGUUGUAGAAGACAGAGAAGGAAUAACUUCGACGAAAAACAACAGUACAAAGAUGGUUCGCACCGUCAGGAACAAAAUCAUUCCACUUGUGAAAAUUCAACGGCAAAUAAAGCCAGCUGUAAGAAAGGAUCAAAAUGACUUUUACAUCGACAGUGUCAUGAAAGAGAAUAAUGUUACAGGAAACCAAGCAAUUUCUGAGUUAAACGAAGUGUCAGAUGAAGUUGAUGGGGAAAAAUCCCACAUUCCCUUGAGCACUGGAAAGCUACAACAACUUAUCCGCGAAAAUGUGCUCGGCCAAUCACAGAAGAGCAACAAGCGAGCCAAUAAGAAAACAGUAUUGCUUACCGACUACGUGCGCACUCUACAAAAACACAUGGGUAUUAAAGCCUUAGGACCAGAAAUUGCGAGCAAUUCGCCCGAUUUUAGUGCAACACCGUUCAUACCUACAGGAAAGAGAUUUGGAUGUGACGACGAGUACGGUGAAGAACCUAGUCUCUUGGAGAGAAGGUUGAAAAUUUUGCAGAAGCAAAUAAUAAGACUGCCCGCGACAUUCACACUGAUCGAUGGAGACUUGGUAGAAGACUAAAAAGACAGGGAGUCCAAAUCUCAAUUGUCUUUAGUGUCAACUGUCUCUGGUCUCCUCGCCCCAAUUUCCCUAAGGGGCGCCGAGGAAACUGGGGCGAGGAGAUGGCUGACAAGAUUGAAAUCUCCGCACAGUGGCAAAAAGUUGUCACUAUUCAAACUGGUGCCAUAAGUUGAAGAAAGCCAGCACAAACGAAAUAUUUGCUUACUCACUCGUUAGUUUCAAUAUUGAUAAGAUAGAGAUUUUGCGCUGAUCUCUAUUGAAGCUUGCUUCAUCUUAUAAAUCAGUAUACAGAUUUACAAUGCGACUUCGUACAGAAAGUGUCAUAGUACUCUCUCUCGCGAUCAACGAUAGACAGAUAUGAAGCCACGUUUAUUACAAAUGAAGGAAAAUUAUCUACCCACAUUAAGAUCGAAUACUUCUACGUUACUGCCCUUGUAUAUGGCUGAAAGAAAAACAGUAAAAUUAAGGUUCAACUGUCGUAGUUCAUCUAGUAAACAUCAAGCUCAUCCUCAGCUCAGGGCAAAAUACUCAAUAAAAAAAAAAAAAGAUAGAAACUUGGCUAGUUGUCUCCCGCUCUUUGAAAAGAGAAGACCAUGAGUCAGACUGUUUAUAGAAAUGAAAAUAGUGACUGAGAAAGAUCGGCUGCUUGGUUCAUCACGAACGGUAUGAGUCACGAGUUUUAUGAUGAUGAACAUCAAAUGAAUAUACUUCGGGCGG